AUGACAACCUGUGGUAUCUGCCCUGCUUCACGUUGUAUGAACCGGGAACUUUUAGGUUUACCACCUUUACCGAGUACUACGACCGAUGCUAAUUCAACCAAUGUUCAUAAUUCUUCGACAGAAAAUAAUACUGGUACAUUAGUAGGUGGUAUUAUUGGUGGAUUAGUAGGAAUAGGCAUCAUCCUCGGCAUCAUUAUAUAUGGUUAUUUGCAACGAAGUAAAAAACAGAGCAGUAGAGGCAAAUUAUUACCCUUUUUAGCUUUUAGUGAAAAUAAUAAAAAAAGUCAGCAACAAGAACAAUCAAUUACUCCACAUCCAGCUGUGAUUGCUGCUUUAUCACACCAGCGUAUUUCUGUCACAAAUCCUCUUCCUAAUACAAAAAUAAAAUCUAUUGUGUUAUCAAACUCAACGGCUAAUGGUACUCAUAUGACUACAACAUUAAAUUCAAAUAUUCCCGAAGAAUUUGAAUCAAGAAUUGCAUUUCAAAAUAAAAGAAUAUCGGAAAUAUUAUCUAAUAAUCCAAGACUAUCUCAGCUUAAUAGUACUACUACCACUACUACUACUACUAAUACUAAUAAUAAUAAUAGAAAUAGCAUUGCUACCACAAACGAAAACAGAAAUUCAUCUACCUUUUCUGUUUCAACAGUAGACUCAUCAUUACAUUGUCAAUCAAUAAGAGAAAAUACACCUUCAGUUCAAGUCAUUCAAGUGACAAGAGCCAAACCACAAAUUAUGCGUGUCAAUUCAGUAAGAACAAUCAGCGAAACAAAUAAUAAUGGUUUAUUGAGUCGAAGUGCUUCUGUAAGAACUAUUCUGACUGUUGCAAAUAAUUUAUCUAUACCAUUAGAACAAGUUGAAAGUAAGCAACAAGAUAUCAAUGAUACUAGUGAUAAUGAAGAUAUUCAAAAAUUCCCUUCCACACCUAACAAUCGUUCUUUUGCUACUACUAUAACCGAAGAAAAUCCAUUUCAUGAUGAGCAUUCAACAUCAAGCUUAGAUGCCACGAAUUCAUAUUGGAAUAAUAAAAAAUAA